CAUAUCAGAGUCUCAAGGGCAGUAUUUCCAGAACAACUUAAAAAGCCUCUGGUUCCCAGCAAUGUCCUAUGCACAAAAGUCACUAGAAGGCAGGACAUCAUUGCACGAUGCAAACAGAAAUUGAAGCAGCAUCUACAUAUGAUAUGCUCCUCCCCACCAAGCCCUGAACUUCCACAAGAGCAGAUGGACUUGGAUGUGGAUACCUACAAGCAAGUUUCUUGUUUUGUGGCUGAAUUCAUAAAGAAUAACACAGGAGAAUGGAUACGUCAAAAUGGAGGUUGGUUCUCAGGCACAAUGGCACAGGGCUGUAAUACCAGGGCUUGGGAGGUAGAGGAAGGAGUAUCAGAAUUUCAAGGAUGUCCCCGGCUACCUGCUAACUGGGUCUCUACUGAUUUUUAAAGUGGUCAGUUUGUUCUCUCAUAAGAAGAUGGCUUCAUAAGGAAGUUUGAACCUAAGUCUGGCUGGCUGACUUUUCUGGAAGUCAUGGGACAGAUCUGGGAAUUGAUCUUUCUCCUGAAGCAACAUUAUUGACCAGAGAGACCCCUGGCUCCUGUGAGGACUGUUACCAACACUUCUUCCAUUUUCAAACAAUUUUUGUGACAGGACUUAAUUUCCACAGUUUAUAAAGUAUGUUUUGUUCCUACUUUAAUCAAUAAAUUACACUUACGUGUUUCCAUAUGUGAUUAGUGUUUUAAG